AUGGAUUUCCUACGAAAGAUCGGUGGCUAUCUUGCGCCUCCACCGCCGAAGUCUGACGACGGGCGUGACCAAUGGCCCUCACGCACAGCCUUCCUUCUUGCCGCCAUGGGCGGCUGCGCUGGACAAGGAAAUCUUCUUCGAUACCCCUCAGUCGUUUACAACAACUACGGACUUCAAUGGUUCAUUCCAUACCUACUCUCCGUAUUCCUCAUUGCCAUUCCCGCUCUAAUCCUGGAGGUCUCUAUAGGCCAGGCUUACCGCGGAGGCACUGUCAUAGCCUUCAACAACAUGAAUGGACGACUGAAGGGAGUUGGCAUGGGUUCAGUCAUUGUAUCCUUCAUAGUGGUUCAAUACUUUACCGUCAACCUGGCAUGGAUCAUGAGUUACUUCCGCCACAGCUUUACAAGUCCCUUGCCAUGGCAAAAUCGGAUCGACAACUUCUACUGGAACGAUGUUCUUCGCAUUGGCAAUAUUACCGAAGGAGGUUUGACCGAGGACGGCAAUAGCGUGGCAUCAUACGUCGGCUACCCCAACGUUUCUCUUAUCGGCGAAACCGUUGGCUGGAGUAUCUUCGUCUGGUUUUUGAUCUGGAUCUCCAUUUUCCGUGGAGUCGGCAUGACCGGCAGAGUCGUUUACUUCACGAUGGGCCUGCCUAUCGUAACAACCAUCAUCUUCGUUGGACGCUCAUUAUCGCUUCCGAACGCCAGUGAAGGCGUCAAACUGCUAUGGACCAACUUCAGAGGCGACCAGCUCGCGUCUGGUACCGUAUGGCAGACAGCCGUUGGACAAGUCUUCUUCUCUACUGGUAUCGGUUUUGGCUACUUUACGAGCUACGCGAGCUACAACCAGAAGCACGCGAACGCUGUGAUGGACGCGAUCCUCAUAUGUGGCAGUAACGUCCUCUUUGAGAACUUCGCCGCAUUCGCCAUCUUCGGAAUCAUUGGCUACCUCCAGAGAUGGCCCCAGGAUGGUGUCAGACUCGGAGCAUUUGUCGUGGGCUUCUUGACUUUGCCAGAAGCCGUACUACAGAUGCCAGGAGCUAACUUUUGGGCAGCCUUGCUCUUCUUCACGCUCAUCGUAUUGGGUUUCUCCUCCGCAUUCGUCAUGCUAGAUGUAGUAGUAACCUUGAUCUGCGAUUCGGGUAUGGUGAAGGCCUCCCGCCCGGUUGUUGUCACCGUACUUACUGUGGUCUCGUUUCUGAUGUGCCUGCCGUACUGUACUGAGUUCGGCUACUACCUUCUUGACGGUGUUGAUCGAUGGAUCAACAACAUCGCCCUCAUUUUCGUGGUCUGGACUGAGGUUACGAGCGCCACAACAGUGUACCGCUGGCGUGACAUCGUCGGUCAGACUGGUAUCGUAGCUUUUAGUUUGUACAACUUUGGGUUCUUUGGUGGUCAAUUCUUCGGCGUCGUCCUAGCGCAUGGCAUCAACAAUCCUGGAGCUGGCGCCGGAGCAGGUAUUGGGUUCUACGUGGUAUUUGCUGUUGUCUCUGCCAUCAUUGCACGAACACCAGACACCGCUGCACCAUCGUUCUGGAACAGCAAUGUCAUCUUGCGCAAGUUCUGGUUCCUGGCAUUCUACUCUGGCAACCAACUUCGACGCGAUCUCAAUGUCAUCGUCGGACAAGGGAAGAACUGGAAGAUCCCUGCUUUCCUGCCAUUCCUGCUUCGCUACAUCUCCGGACCAGUUCUCGCCAUGAUCUUCAGCUUCGCAUAUCCAGAGUUCCAUACUCUGCGCUAUGAUCCUAUGUACAUCACAGGCUUCAUUUUGGCGAACUUGACGAUGGUGGUCAUCAUUCUCGGUUUCACCGUUCCAAGGUACUAUGAUGCCUUCAUUCCGUACGAGCGCCGCAGCGAAGGGACUGAGCCUACAGUCGCAAUGGAGACGAAAGGAGAGAUUGCUGGUGCUCCAGUCAGUGACAUCGUCAAGACUGAGGGCGGAGAGACUCCAGCAUAUGCAUCGUCACAAGAGUACUUGGAUAAGGAGGUUGCGCAUGACAAAGACACAGCGCCGGCGUCAAGGUGA